AUGCAGAAUGCGCAGGCAUUGGAUGUAGGCGGGAGAUCUCUUGAUUUCGCCCUCGACGCCCUCUCGCAACUCCCCGAAUCUCUCCUACAAGCUGAGCUUAAACGACGAAAUGGGAACUUUGUACGAGCUUCGGACACUGAUGAUGGAUCAACAUGUGGCUCCGGGCAGCGGGGUGCGUAUAACACGCCUCUGCAUGUUAUGGCGCUCUUCCUCAUUCUCGUCUUGAGUACAUUUGUCCUUGCUCGCCGUUUCCCCGGUUUACCUAUUCCACGUCGAUUCCUUUUCAUAUCCAGACAUUUCGGGACAGGCGUUUUGAUCGCUACAGCAUUCGUACACCUGCUUCCUACAGCCUUCAUGUCAUUGACAGAUCCAUGUCUGCCCAAGUUUUGGAGCCACUCCUACCGGGCCAUGGCCGGGUUUGUCGCGAUGAUGUCUGUAUUUGCCGUCGUGCUGGUAGAAAUGUUCUUCGCGAUGAAAGGAGCAGGCCAUGUUCACGGAAACGAUUAUGAUACAUUAAUGGGCGAUAUUGGCCGUGAAUCACUCGAUGACUUCCGCCAUGGGACUCAGGACUAUUUACUCGACCAUGACCGGGAAGCAUCGGGCAAUAUCCGCAUGGAAGGCCUACGACAAAAUAACCCGUUGGACACCACUGAGCCUGCUGCCUCGCUCGAAUACGAAUCCGAACACCCACAUGCUAUCGGCUCCCAAUCAGAUAAAGGGGAGGAAGACGAAGGUGCUGAUAUUGAAGGUCUUGACGUAUAUGCAGACGACACUACCCCUAUCAAUGGACAACCCCGUUCCCGUCCCUCAGCAGUGCACUCUACUACUGCUCGCCGUCACCGGCCGCGAUUGAGCGAGCACUCCAACAUGCCAAUGCAAAAUCCCCAACGGCAACUUUUGCAAUGUCUCCUCUUGGAAGCGGGGAUUUUGUUUCACAGCAUUUUCAUCGGUAUGGCGCUUAGCGUUGCAACGGGGACAUCGUUUGUCGUUCUACUCGUCGCUAUCAGUUUCCAUCAAACUUUUGAAGGUUUCGCCCUGGGUUCGCGCAUUGCGUCGCUAAUCCCUGACCUUUUUGGUCCCUCUUCCAUGAAGCCUUGGCUCAUGUCGCUUGCUUAUGGAACGACUACACCUCUUGGCCAGGCACUUGGUCUCAUUUUGCAUAAUUUUUAUGACCCUGCGAGUGCGACGGGUCUGCUUAUGGUGGGCAUCACCAAUGCUAUUAGUAGCGGGCUUCUUCUUUUUGCGGGUCUUGUUGAGCUUCUUGCUGAAGAUUUCCUUAGUGAGUCUAGUUAUGAGACUCUUCAGGGUAGGCGGCGAGUUGAGGCUUGUGUGUCUGUUGCAUGUGGUGCCAUUUUGAUGGCGCUUGUUGGUGCUUUUGCCUGA